AUGAUUCCAAAUAUUACCACAGGAAACCGUAACAUCGUCAGCCUCUUCAUCGCAGCUCCGGUCCAAAACAAACAGCGCGAGGCUCAGGUCUACCCACCUCCGUCGUUCAGCUUGUCACUUAUCCACCCAAAGCCGACGAACACUUUCGUCCUUGAACCAUCCCUGUCUCGCUCGACCAUAGUCGUCCCCACACCUCCUCCGACCUUCACCCUUCCACCAAAGCCGACCGCCACCCACACCGAUAAGCCACCAAAACCUACCAAGUCGACAAAGACCGGGCUGCCUGUUGUGUCCAUCCCGAAGCCCACCAAGACAGUCCACCCAACCAAGUCAAUCCCGAAGACUACGCAUGUCUCCACAAAGAAGCCUAAGCCAACUCUUACCUACGCAGAGGGCGGCUGUUGUCGCAAGGCACGUUUUGAUGAGAGAAAAGAUGUUCAGAUGAGAUAA